AAUGGAGGUUGUUGUUAGUUCGGUAUGGUUACGUACAACACUUAGUGGAAUAUAAUUUAUCAUGAUUUUCUAUCAUAAUAUGAAUGUUAAUAAACACUUGCAACAGUUCACUAGAGCAUAGUUGGCAAUAUGGAACGCGGCAAUAAUAGAAGGCAGUGGGUUAAAGACAACAAGCAUAUAAACUUUCAUAAGGAUGAGGUUGCUGCAGUGAAAGUUGAAAGUAACCCACGAUAUGAUGAACAUCUACUUCUACUGCAGCAGAGGAACAGGCUUUUCAAGAAACUCAAAGAAAAAGAUGAGAAGCAGAUCGACUUGGAAAGGAAAGAACAAGGGUUUGCUGUGUAUGUUAAUGGUGCCAACAAAAACUUAGGCGCUACAAGAGUCAAACAGUUCUCACCACGCCGUCCAACAGCAGUUAAACCAAAGACUGCAGGAGAUCUUCCACGAAGGCAUUUCAUAGGACACCAUGACCUUAACGUACUGGACUCAAAUGCUAUAACAACGGAAGUAAAGGACCGAGCAAAAACAGCUCCUACAAAAACACAAAGACGUAAUUGGUUGAAGGAAUCUAUUGAUGUCAAGACAAGCAAGGGGGGAAAAGUUCAUUCCAGGACAAAAGAUGGAAUUGCCUAUGAAGACGAUUUUGAAGAUGAAGAAUGUGAAAGAACUGACAGUGAUGACGAUGACCAUAAACAGUUAGCUGAGAGCCUUACCAUGAUUCUAGAAGGACCAUCAGAUGGUGACAGUGAUUUGGAAAUCGACAGUAAGGGUUUUAAUCAACCAUUGAGGGCAGCAAAUUCUGAGUGUGAUUCUGAACCUGAGGAUAAUGGUAUCAAUGAACAACUGAUUCUUAGUUUUGAGGAAGUAAAGACCUUAAGGCGGAGUCUAGAAAUGAACAAUGACAUCAGGAAGAGUUUAUCACGAAAGCCCCUAGAAGAUGAUAAAUCAGAGGAUGAAAUUGAGGAGGAGAUAGAUGUUGCUGACAGUCUAGAUGUGGGCAGGGCCAACCAAUACUCGGCCCUCAUGCCUGGUGAUACGAUAGUCCUCGAGUUUGAUGACCCAAAAAAGGGAUUAAAACAACAAGUGACAGACUUAUCAGCAAAGAGAAAGUGUGGUUCGGAAUCGGUGGAAAUGAAAGGAUCGCAGCGAAGGAAACAGCAGGAAAAGACGAGACCUAUUUUAGAUGAGUUUGAAACAGUGUCUCCAAGGCGGAAGGCUAGGCCCCUGUCGGCUGCCAAGAGGAAACAGAGGAGUCCUGAAGGAGACAGCGUGGAAGAUGCAUCAUCCAUCAUGGCUGCAAUGAAAGCUGAGAAUGAGGCUCUGGUUAGGAACUUGGAUAAUGGUGCUAAAAGUGCGCCACCUACAGGUCAAAGGAUGGAUGAGGUAAGGGAAACUGCAACUGAAAAGCGCCCUCAAACUGUAACAGCAGGAGUUGUAAUGCAGCAUGAUGGCAGUUUACCAUCAGAGGAGGUGCAGACAUCAACAAAAUUUGAUAUCGAUAAGUUAGCUUAUGUUGUUGAUAAGGUGAAGUGUAUGGAUGAAAAGUCUCAGAGGAAGUUUCUCAGAGUUUUGACAGACAUCGAAAAGUCGUCUAGUAGUCCUCAUGGCUACCAGAUGCCUGACGAUAGUGGAGUUGAUACUGCAUCAACUAGCAACACAGUGUCAGAUAUGUUAACACCUAGAGCAGAGACAAACAGUCCCCAAGAAUUACCAUCCAUGAAACCACAAACUGGUUCAACAGAAGUUGUUCUGGAGUUAAUCUCUAACUGGGGACAUGCCUCUAGACUAGGCCUCACCGAGGUUCAGUUCUUUAGUAAUGAUGGCAAGAAGAUCAGCAUGGCAGCUGACACAGUGAGUCUGGUUGGUGGUGUUGAAGGCGAGGUUGGGGACCCUAGCAACCUAACUAAUGGCAAGACAAAGACAACAAAAGACAGAAAUAUGUGGAGUUACACUUUUACACCUGGUCAUGUAGUGAGGUUAAAGUUCAUAGUGAACUCAAGUGCAAUAAGCAAAAUGAAAAUAUGGAACUACAAUAAGAACUUAAAUGUACUUAGCAUUGGUGUUAAAGACAUCAAGGUGUUUUUCAAUGGUAAACUGAUUUGGGUUGGUACUAUUGACAAAGGUUGUGGAAACCAGGUGUUUGAUUAUAGUACCUGUAUACCAGUCACAUCUGCUGCUCUUUGUAGUAGCAGUAGGACCAUUAGCUCUUCAGAAACUGAAAAUGUGGCCAUGGAAAUUGAUAAGCAGCUAUUCCCAGAGACUGCCUCAAGAGGAGUUAUUAAAAGCUCUUUAAUUCGAAGUAAGACACAUAUUGUUGAAAAACAUCCAGGAGAAGUCUCUGAGAGUCCAGAAUCUUUUACCAAGUCAAAGAACUCUAAAGAGAACAUGACAUCAGUAGUUCAAAACAAAGUAAGAAAUUCUGAAGAACAAUUUUAUAAACCUGAUAAAGAGAUUGAACCAAAGCGAUCACAUUCGCCAUGCCAGAUAAGUUCUUCUUUUAGCAGAAGCAUUAACAUUGAGUCAAGUCCUAAUGAGUACUUUGAUGAAACUGCCAGAGGAUCUUCUGGUUCAUUCUUCAGGUCAGAAACCAGAGUGAUGAACCACUCAACAGAUGGACUGGAUAUACCAACAGUUGACAGUUCUGUCACAAUAUUUGCAUCGACUAAAUCAUCGUAUGAUGCUAAAGCAUCUUUAAGUAAGGCAUCCCAUCUCAAGGAUUCACCAAGAAUGCACGGACAAGGAAUUGCAGCAAGAUUUGAUAACAGUCCAGCAGAAACCUCAAAUCCACCUGGAAAAGGAACCUUGCCACCAUCUGAUGAUGACUCUGAUGAAGCAUCCAUGCUGCAGCAAAUCCAGUCAAUAACAAAAUCAUCCAGUAAUCAUUUAUGGUUAAAACCUCCCCAUCCUCCCAUUGCUAAUGUAUCUCAGAAGAAUUCAAAGGAAAGAAAGAAUAAAGUAAAGAAAAGGCCUCCAUGGUUUGGGCCAUUAGAUGAUACUUCUGGAAAUGAGAAGGAAGAAAGUGGUAGUGCUGAGAUUGAGGAUGGGGAUGAUGCAUUGUUCAAACGCUCACACGCCCUUCCUGUUGCUAUUGCUGAGGACCAUGAAGACGUAAUAUGGCGGAUGAAAGUUUUGAAAGAGGACGUGGAUGAAGAUGAAUCAGAGCAUAUUACACAUGGUCGGAGGAGUCGAUGGCGGCAACAGCAGGAUCUGAGCCUAGAAAAAUCAUGGACAUCGUUAUCUUUCUUCGAUAAAUCACACCGGGGGCGGAUAUCUUCUAAUCUGAAUUUAGAGACAGAAGGAGAUGUAAUGGAUGAGCUUUUGAGUGGAAGAAAGGAGACCACCACAGAGAGAGAUGAUAGCAGUGAUGAGUUUGAAAUUCCUCUGCUACCGUUUGGCCAACAUCUGACUAUCAAUAUCAAGAGUACGUGGGGUGAUCGACAUUAUGUUGGAUUAAAUGGCAUUGAAGUCUUCCAGAGUACUGGAGAACCAGUUCAGAUAUCUUCAAUAACUGCUGAUCCUGCUGAUAUUAACAUCCUAAACGAAUAUGAACAUGACCCGAGAGUCGUUACAAACCUCAUCAAUGGAAUCAACAGGACACGUGACGACACCAACAUGUGGUUAGCUCCAUUCUGCAGUGGCAAUAAACACACAAUCAUGUUAACGUUUGAAUCACCGGCCAAGGUAGCCAUGAUACGUAUCUGGAAUUACAACAAAUCGCGAAUUCAUUCCUUCCGAGGAGUUAAGAAUAUUGAAAUAGCCCUGGAUGAAUCUUUCAUUUUCAAAGGAGAAAUAGAAAGAGCAACUGGAAACUUAACCUCUGAACAAGACUCAUUUGGUGAUACCAUCCUCUUCACGACUGAUGAAGAGAUCCUGGAAAUGAUCUCCAGACAUGACGAAGUGUAUGUAGCGGAAGAGGACUGGUUCAGUUCCAGCCUGGAUGAGGAUGCCCACAUGGAUCGGCCUAGGACAGCUGAUGUGGGAGAGAACCGACCCAUGACUACGGCCAGAAUAUUCAGGAAGAAGCAGAAACAAGCAGAGGCUGUUGAAGCCUCCCACUCUGAGCCCUCGCUCACCCCGCAUCCUGUGGAUGUUCAGCAGGCUGUAGGCCUAGCACCUAAAGCUCAAAGUCACCCUGCUCAUACCAAAGCACCUAUUGCGAAUGGGAUAUGGAAAGGAUCAAAUCUGCGUCUCAAUUUCACUGCCACCUGGGGCGAUCAGUACUACAUGGGUUUGACAGGGUUGGAGGUCAUGGAUAAGAAUGGUGACCCAAUACCUUUGACUUUUGACAUGCUCCAGGCUUGCCCACGAGAUUUGAAUGAUCUUCCAGAAUAUGAUUUAGAUGAUAGAACAUUAGAUAAAUUAAUUGAUAACGUAAAUGUAACAGACAUGGAUGAGCACAUGUGGAUGAUUCCAUUCACCGAUGGGGAUGCCCAUAUUCUAGAAAUAAAAUUUGAUUCACACAAGGAGAUCUCAGGGUUACGGAUAUGGAACUACAAUAAAACUGCAGAGGACACAUACAGAGGGGCCAAAGUGUUUCAUGUUUCUCUCGAUAAUCAUCAAAUCUCACCUCCAGAGGGCUUCCUCAUACGCAAAGGCCCUGGCAACUGUUUCUUUGACUUUGCACAAGAGAUCCUGUUCACAGCAAAGCAAAGUGAAUCCAGCCACCGACAGAUUGAAAGACGUAUCCCAGAAGCCCUCAGGCAAAGUCGUGUUGCGAUGGAAGAACCGAGCCAGGAAUAUGUAUCCAUGUUGAUGCCAAGUGGAUUUGUCUUUCAGUUCCAGUUGCUAGCUACUUGGGGCGAUCCUUACUACAUUGGAUUGAAUGGAUUAGAGUUUUAUGAUAACAGUGGAUCCAGGAUUGCACUCGCAGAAAAUAACAUUGCAGCAUUCCCUCCAAGCGUCAACAUCUUGGAUGGUGUCGAUGAUGACUGCAGAACACCUGAUAAGCUCAUAGAUGGCUUCAAUGAUACCAAUGAUGGAAGUCAUAUGUGGCUAGCACCAGUCCUACCUGGACAGAUCAAUUUGGUGUAUGUAGUGUUUGAUGAACCAGUAACUGUUUCCAUGAUCAAACUGUGGAAUUACAGUAAAACUCCUCAAAGAGGAGUCAAAGAAUUUGGGCUUCUGGUUGAUGAUCUGCUGGUGUACAAUGGAAUACUAGGUCAAGUGUCAACAGGUGCCAGGGGCAUCCUGCCAACCUGUGAUGUCCCAACUCAGUACCAUACAAUACUCUUCACAAACAAUGAGGAACUACGAAGAAAGGAGAAACACACAAUUAUUAAGAACACCCAGCAUGGUGACCAGGAUGUUCAGUUGACCAAUGACAGUGAAGUAAUGACUCAUUACAUUAAUCCUAAAAGGAUGGCUGUCAAAGCCCCCGAUCAAGAGCUCAGGCCUAAGACCAGCAUCUCAUCUUGCAAGCCGACAAGGAAAAAGUGAACUUAGGUGGCAUCGCAGCUGGAUACCAAAAAGCAUACAGGGUAGUGCCCUUCCCUAAGGAGAUACCAUAUAUAGAUCUGUGCAGGAUAAUCAGGAUAAAUAAAGGGAUUGUAGUGAGGAAACUACUUUUUACCCUUGGGACUUCUACCUGCGGGCCUAGUGACGCUGGUAGUAAUGGAUUGGAUUGCUGGUGUUCGGUUGUCAUUUCACCUGUGGUACGCCAGCAUGGUUAAUACACUACCAUGCUCUAGUAACCCAAUUAGGGAAUACACCUGUGGAAUAAGUUGGCACUCACCUGCCCAGGUGUUCAUGAAGAUGAGAAAACUAUAAAUUAUGAUUAUUGUCAUCAUGUAUUGAUGUUAUGUAAACUGCAAAAACUAUAGGACAUCUUUUUGAAAAGCAAUUGAAGCCAUAUUUUGCUAGAGGGUUUUUGUACAGUCAGAAAGUUGAGACGUUCCUCUGACUUACUGAGGAUAAAUUUAUAUAUAUUCCAGAUUGUUAUUAUUAUGAAUCUUAUUUUAUUAUAAUUAUUAUUGUUAUUAUACAUUCAAUCAUUUUUAUCAAAUAUAAAUAUUGUCAUCUUCAAUUAUUAUCUUGACGAAUUGCAGAGCCAAAACAUUUGUUUCUUCAUCAGUACCACAGAUUUGUGGAACUUUUUAUCUGAGGUGGGGCUUACGCACCAUUGUCCCCCAAAUUUCUAGUUCCUCUUCAUACAAUCUACAUUGAGGGUCUUUACUGUUAUUUAUGUACCCUACUUUGGUUUCACCCAAUUCUCAAUUCUUUUAUUGAAUUCUUUCAUUGAUAAUCAAACAUAUUGAUGAAAUCAAAAACAAAAGAAGCACAAUUAAUUUAACAAUGAAAUAUGGUUACAAUAAUAAUCAUUAAAAAUAAAAUGAUAAAAACGAUUAAAAGAAUACAUAAAAAGAAAAGUUGAAUGACUCUGAUAGGAAAGAACUAUUGUUUAAAAAAUGAUUCAAACUUUACUUGAAGGCAUUUUGUGUAAGUGGGAGCAAAUUAUCAAAAUCUUGUAUACUCAUAAAAGUUAUAAAUGUACCACUGUUUGGCCAUUGGUUCCUAUAGUUUCAAUUACUAGAGUAGUAGGCCUCUGCCCUCUGUGAACCCCUCUUCCUAAGAUCCUCAGUGUUCUCCCUGUAGUCCUAUAUUUACACCAUUUAUUCCUUCAGGUUGCCACAAUAGCUAUUUCUGAUACACUUAAACUUCAAUCUGUCAAGUCAUAUUAAACCAAGUCUCGUAUGUUGCAUUGCCAGUGGAGAGGUCGAAGGUUAUCUAUGGUGUGAUGAGAUUUUGAGUGUGUAGCGGUAUUGUUGAAACUGUACCACCCAGUCAACGCUACUCCUCCGGGCAUUUUACUUUACAUUUGCACUACAAAUUUAGUUGCCCUGGAAUUUGACUUUUGGUCAAAGUUAAAAAUAGAUUUGCAUGGGAAUAAAUUAAGACAUGCAUUUAUACACAUUUGUAAGAAAUAACGGAUUUCUGUUGAUGUUGCGAUGGUGUAUUAUUUGUAUGGUUAAUCACAGAUUUUGUUUUUUGUUAUCUCUAAUCAUUUUUAGAUUGUAAGUACCUCAACUGAUUUAAAGAAUAUUAUGUUCAAUCGAAUUUGACAUACCGCAUUAACAUCAUCCAAUUUACAAAAAUAUGUACUGCUACAAGUUGCUUGUAAAACAAUAGUUUUGUCAUGUUUUAUUUGCCCUGAGGGCAGGAUGUUAAUAGUAUUUUUCCCAUCAUGCAUUUCUGUUUUGAUAAAAGCGGGCAUUUGCUUUUACUUCAGGAUAUUCCUCAUCAUACAUCGUGCUCGGAUUACUAACUGAGCUUCCAGCUCGGAUUACAUGUUUAAAGUCUUGAGUUCUGGUAUUUCCAAACAUCGGCCCCUGGUGCUGGGUAAUUAAGAAACGCCGCAAAUGGCUCCCUCCUGCUGGCUUGGGCUAUCUGAACCGCAUCCUUCUUAAUCACUUAGGCUAUCAUCGUCCAGGCCUUUCUCAAUAGCCUAGCCAAGUAGUGUAAUAAUAUCGUCAACACCUUGUUAAUGUGUGCUGAGAGAACUUGACUCUUGACAAUAACUGUGUUGUUUGGUUGAGUGGGUGCACUUGUCUUAUCAAAAUUUCUAAAGAUCGGUUGGAAUGUAAUAGGGCAUAGAGAGCAGUACAACAGAGGGGCUGUGGUUAGUAAUGGGUUCUUGGGGCUGUAACAAUGUACCCUGGGGUUAGUAAUGAGGUACCUUGAUGUUAGUAAUAAUAAGGUGUGUCUAGGCCUAGAUUAUGGUUUUUUCGAUUUAAUAAUGUGGUUGAUAUGAAGUGUGUUGAGGUUGAGUAAUCAUAUGGAAGAUGAGGAAAAUAAAUAUGGGCUUAUAGUAAUAUCAUUAUAUAUAAUAUGGUCUUCAUUCUUUAUUUUAAAAACUACAUCCAACAGCGUUGCACCAAUAACAGGAUGCCUUAUAUAAACAUGAGAUUUAAAUAUAUAGCUAAAUAAAGACAUAUAAAACAGCAUUAAAGUAUACAAAUGAGAAACUAACAUCUAAAUUUAAAAACUUUGGUGGAAUACAUCAUCCGUAGUGUCUAACUGAGAAAUAUUAUUGUAAUUAUAAAGCUAGCCUGUGAAUAAAAAGUCAAUAAGCACAAUUUAAAGAGCUAAAAUCAUUUUUUUUUUCUUGCAAACUUUUUUAUUUGUCCAGUUAUUUUAUGGUUAUGAACAGUAAAUAUCUUGACCAAUAACAUGUUUUGUAUAUUAUACUUGUUAUUGAAGAGCAAAUUGCUUGACCAAUAACAAGUAUUGUAAUAUAAUACAUCCUGGAAUUAGUGUCGUCCUUGGUUGUGAUUAUAUCAUUUUCAUAUUAUACUUUAUUGUUGCUAUGGCAGUGUCAAUAAAGUUGACCAUUAAGAUGCUGUGACUGUAUUCAGGGGAUAGGAAGUCUUUAAAAUAUUCAUUGACCUCGUAUAAACUGUCCCUUAUUUAUUAUUACUAUACUUCAUAAAGGUUAUACAAUAUACUAUAUCAAUUAUCAUUUAUAAGACCAUACAUACUGUUACUAGUUGAAUCCCUAAUAUUCCUGUGGCAAUGCAUUUAUUGAAUUAUUAAAACAUUGAUUAUUAUUGACAUUUUGUCUUUGUUGAUGACAAACAAUAUCAUAAUUAACAACAGGUAUAUUAGUUGGAACUGACUUAGAUUUGACUUCCUUAAUCAAAUAGUCAAGUAAAUAUGCAUGUGAUUGGUUUAUUAUUAUUAAUAUUUUAUUUGUUAUAUUGUUAAUAGUAUUAUAUCAAUGUGAGUUUGCAUCAGGAAAAUAUCAUUGGAGUGAUGUUUUGCCCUACCUGAAAUUUUAUCCUACCAAAUACUCAGUACAUUCCCAAAUAUUUGUGGACAAAAUUUGCAAGUGAAUCCCACCCAAAUCACUUGCAAAAUUUUUUCUUGAGUAUUCGGUAAAAUAAUACGUCAUGUAGGGCAAAACAGCCUCCUAUAAUAGUAGUAUUGUCAUUAUUUUUUGUGACAUUAUAUUGCUGUAUUUUAUGUAUUAUAUUUAUUUUAUUUUAUGUUUAUAUAUAAAUAUAUCUGUACAAGAGUUUAUUCUUAAAAAUUACCUAUUAUACUGUACUUUUGACUGAUGAGAUAUUGGCUAAAAUUGAAUUCUUGAAUUAGAAAUACAUUGAUACGUAGCAGUACCAAGACAAAAGUAUUAUUUUAAAAAUUGUACAUUUACUUUGGUUGUAAUGUCGUUAGAGGUACAGGCCUUGAUCUCAGCCUCGCUACUUCGUAUAUAUUGCUGAAAAGAUUUUUUCUAAAUGUGUAGUUAGAGGAUAGUUAUGCCUACACAAUCACCUUGAUAUAUAUAUAUACAUAGUAAUUGAUAUUAAAAAUGUUAGACAUCAAA